ACACUGCCUGAAACUCUAUCCGCCGCUGGCCCAAUAGGUUCAACAUACUCCUCAGUGAGCUCAAAAUCCGGCGAACCGUUUAAACUGUAUGACAUUAUAGAACCACUUCAGUGAGUUCAGAAUCCUCAACAGUGUUCUCCAAUGUCUGCGGCUUCACCACCAGCAGAAACCCUUACGGUUCCGAUUGUGGCCCCGGAGGAUUCAUUGGACCGGCCCCAUUCACCAGAAGUCCAACCUGAAAUCGAACCGGAAAAGAGAAAACGGGAAGAAGAAGUAGAAGCUAACCUCCCCCAGAAGAACCCACUCUGGAAGACGACUCUUUGCUCAUACUUCCGGAGGUCGAACGGCUCAUGCAGCCACGGAGAUUCAUGCCGGUACGCCCACGGAGAGGCGGAGCUCCGACCCAGACCCGACAACUCAUGGGACCCGACGUCCGAGCAGGUGAAGAAGAUGGCUAGGAUAGACGACGGAGAGGAUUCCGACACAUCUGAUGAUCAUAAUGAAGAGACAGGCAUUGAGGUCAUGAUGACGGAAGCUUUCACAGAGGAGGAGGAAGGUUCUUCCUCGGAUUCCAAGUUGGCGAAGUGCUUAGUGAAUCUUCCUAUGAAGUGGACUUCUGAUAAUUUGAAGAGUUUUCUCAACCAACAUGGGGUACUCUUUAAGGCAGCCAAGAAGAAGAAAGGCAUGGUUGUGGGUUUUGUGACCUUUGAAAAUGAACAGCAAGUUAAGAGUGCUGCGGAGUUAGAUGGAAAAUGUGUUGGCAACAAGACUUUGAAGGUUGCUGAUGUGAUUCGUAGGCCAUUUGAAAAGGAAAACAAAGCGGUUGUUUCUGCAUCCCAAAGCAACCAACAAGUGGUAAACCCUGAUAAUACUCAGUUAGCCGAAAAAUUGUUGAAAAGCUAUUCUGCGGCAAAGGACAGAACCACUCGCAGUGUAGUGACUCCUCUUGCUGAUAUGCCCUAUCCUGACCAACUGGACCACAAGAAGAGCGCUUUGAUUCAAACAUUAAAAACACUUACUCGAAAUGCACGCAAAGCGUGUCCAGCUGGUGUAUUACUUCCGCAAUGGAUUAAGAAUUCUAGAGACAUAGGUGGUCUACCAUGCAAACUGGAGAGUGUAGUGCCAUCCCCAAUCAUUAAUGGAUAUAGAAACAAGUGUGAGUUUUCUGUUGGUUAUUCCCUGACAGGAAAACCAUGUGUUGGAUUUCAGCUUGGCAACUUCAGGGAAGGUGUGACAGCUGUUGAGGAACCUUUGGAUUGCCCCAAUGUCUCCAGGGUUGCUUGUAGAUAUGCAUCUAUCCUUCAAGAAUAUCUACAACACACAUCCCUGCCUAUAUGGAACAGAUUGAAUAAUUCUGGAUUUUGGCGACAGCUUACGGUUCGGGAGGGCAGAGUGCCUGGAAAGAUUGAUGUGGUUGCCAAUACUGAUUUGCCACAUAUUUCAGAGGUCAUGCUCAUGGUUCAGGUCUGCUCUGCUGGGCUAGAAGGUGAAGUAGUUAACACUGAACUUCAGAAGAUGGCUAAAGCCUUUUCUCACGGCGCUUCUACCGAAUUUCCUGUGUUACCCCUUACUUGUUUGGUUCUUCAGGACCACACUGGUAUAUCAAAUGUUGCUCCAUCAGAUGCUCCUCUCAGGUCUAUUCCCAUUGUAAAAGAAGAAAGUGAUUAUGGAACAGAAGCAGCUGGUGAAAUUGCCGAAGCAAAAAUUCAUGAUUAUAUAAAUGGUCUCCGAUUUUGUAUAUCACCUACAGCUUUCUUUCAAGUAAACAGCCUUGCAGCAGAGAAGCUGUACUCCCUUGCCGGAGAAUGGGCAGGGCUAGGCCCCGAUACAUUACUUUUUGACAUAUGCUGUGGAACUGGUACAAUUGGCCUCACUCUAUCCCAUCGUGUUGGUAUGGUUGUCGGCAUUGAAAUGAAUGCAUCUGCCGUUUUGGAUGCUAAAAGGAAUGCAGAUAUAAAUGGUAUUAAGAACUGCAAAUUUAUUUGUGCAAAGGCAGAAGAUGUAUUGGGUUCUGUACUGAGAGAGUACCUAGAUACACCUCAGACGAAAGAUGAUCCAUCAGUGAGAAAGGUUGACUUAGAUGACAAUGGAGGCAUGGUUGGUGGGUUAAAAGAUGGCAGCAAAGAUGAAGUGGAGAACACAUCUCCGGUAGUGGAUAAAUUAACUGAGUCGGUAAAAAAGAAUGACUCAGGUAUUACCCAAGAUCAAGAAAAGAUUGAAUCAGAACACAAAAAUGGAUCUGACCGUGAAAAUGAUAAAAAAGUUGCUGAAGUGCUGGGAAAUUGCAACGUAGAUACUGAUGAGAAGUUUCAGAAAAUUGGCAGUUUAGAAAAUACCCCUACUACAGUGCAAACAUUUAACAAUGUGGUCGCAAUUGUGGACCCUCCACGUAUGGGACUUCAUCCUACUGUCAUCAAAGUGUUGAGAACCAAUGAACGUCUAAGGAGGCUUGUUUAUAUUUCAUGUAAUCCCGAAACGUUGGUGGCAAAUGCUAUUGAGCUAUGCACUCCAUCUGCUGGUACAGUCGGAAAAGGCAAUAACAAUAGAAACAACAGAGGGUGGAGGAAUAUGACCAGUGCAAGUCUUGCUCGACACCGGGCAAAGUCCAUGCCUAAUUCUGAGCCUUUCAAACCAGUCCAAGCCGUUGCUGUUGACCUCUUCCCGCAUACCCCACACUGUGAAGUGGUCAUGCUUCUUGAAAGGUAAUAAAGUCUUCAUCACUAGUAGUCUCUGUUUGGCACUUCACAAGUUUAUUAUUAGAUUGAGGACUUUGAAUGCGAGAAUGAUCAUGCAUUUCUGGUGGUUACAAUAAAAUAUAGAUGAUCCCAUUAGAAGUUUUUAGUUUUUCAUGUAUUUUAUUUCUUUAAAAAUUUCAAUUUUUCUGUAUUCUAAUGUUGUAAUAUAAUUCUCUUUUGGUGAAUGUAUACACCUUUCUCACCCAUUAAUUUCAGUCAAUCUGUUGCAUGUGUUUCAAUUAGAGUCGAGUUUUCAUAAUCAUAUAACCUUGGUUCCUGGCAGUCACACUGGUUACAAUCGAUAAAGAAAUUUAUAUUUCCC